UGGUCGCUCUGCAAGGCGAGUGUGGCGACGGUUCGUGUGUCUGUGCUUCGCGGUCUGCCGCUUCGUUGGCUCUUCGCGUGAUUUUCUAGCAUCAAAAUCUGUGAGUUUAGGAGGAGGUUUUAUCUGUGUGGUUUUUUGACGAGAAAUCUACUGUCGAAAUACAGCUUGAUCGGAAAAAAGUUCCAGGUACUGGAAAAAAAGUUUUCUGGACUAAACAUUCUGUGGAAUCCUGGAAGGCCUCAGCGUUCAUAGUUUUUAUUAUAAAAGUUUUCCAUAGGAAAAAUGUACAGCGAACACAACACUAAACCCGAAUUUCUCAAUUAAUAUAUUCUUUUUACGACGAAGUCGGUAAAUAUACUCGAGCAAUUUUUUCAGUCCCGGCAAUCUUUGCGCGACAAAAGCACAUAAAAUUAUGUAAAUGAUGAUGCGAAUACUGAAACGUAUGAUCUACCUAAUCCCUGGAUAUGCCGAAAUUUAACUUAAUGAAACUAUAUAAUGAAUAUAAAGUUUUGAAAGACUAAAGUGGCUAAACGAAAAUAAUUUGCAUACUGCAAAAAUUUCCAACUGGAAAGAUGAUAUUAGUAAAUAUUAAAAGACAAAAAAUAUUUUUGCUUCGAUUAAUAUCAUAGAAAUAAACAAAGUAAUUUCAGUUUACGUGUCCCAAUAAACUUAUACAAUACAGGCGUCUCGUUAAGGGAACUGACACUCUAUAUAAAUAACCCCGUUAUCCGCUGUGAUGCUCUAUGCAUUGAAUUAACUCUCGAAAUUAAGCUCUGUAAAUUACUUUCUGCGCAUUGAAUUAACUCGACUUAUUCUUAUCUGCACAAUUUUGUGAGCACUCAAGUAAAAUCUUUCAUUGCCGCACAAUUAAAGGCAGUUGAAUUUAUGCAGCAAUACAACGGUCUCAACCCAAACAAACUUCUGUAUUGGUGAACAGCUUGCGUGUGUUAGCUAUAGGGAGUGAGACAGAGAUAGUACCACUAUAGUGAGUAUAGUGUCACUCGCGACUCGGUGCCACGGUUGCGUGGUGAGCAGUGCCACGGUUGCGUGGUGAACAGUGCCACGGUUGCGUGCAUGAGCAGUGCCACGGUUGCGUGGUGAUCAGUGCCACGGUUGCGUGCACGAGCAGUGUCACGGCUGCGUGGUGAGCAGUGCCACGGUUGCGUAGUGAGCUGUGCCACGGUUACGUAUUGAGCAGUGCCACGGUUGCGUGGUGAGCAGUGCCACGGUUGCGUGGUGAGCAGUGCCACGGUUGCGUGCAUGAGCACAGAGCAGUGCCACGAAUUACGAUCGCUUCGUGUACAGUGAUAUUUAACAUUUUCUAAUUUUAACAGUGACACUCACGGUAGUGGAAUUGUGAUUAUAUAACUUGUUAUAAUAAAAUAAUCUUAACGAAAAAUUUUGUAUGAAAAACAGUGUCCUCUAAUUUUCACAGCGUGACUGGUGUGUAUUACAGCGUAUAUUGCGAACGUGUAUUGUGCGCCUUUUUGCAGUCUCUGGAACAUCAAAAAAGCGAAUGGGUGUAAUUUAGCAUGGAGACUUGGUUUCUAUGAUUAUAAAGUGUCACUCAACAGAAUUCCUAAAUAAAUACAUUCGAACCCAUACCAUGAAAAGCGAAUCCUAUCGCAUUCUCUAGCGCUCGCGACCCCACAAUCAACUCUCAACCCGCUACCAAGUUUGCGAUCAUGAAAAGCGAGAACACUUUGUCGUGGUUGAGUUGCGGCGACCCGUCGUCAGAUGGCGUACUGCCUGAAGACGAGCAACACGCCAAGAUGAUAAUCUGUUGCGCGGGCUGCGGCCGCCCCAUCAUGGACAAGUUCCUGCUCACUGUGCUCGACAGGACAUGGCACGCAGAGUGCGUGCGCUGCGUCGACUGCGGCAGCUCACUCACUGAGAAAUGCUUCAGUCGAGAGGACAAACUCUACUGCAGGAAUGACUUCUUCAGGCGGUUCGGGAAGAAAUGCUCGGGGUGUUUGGAAGGAAUCUCACCGUCAGAACUUAUACGCAAGGCACGCGAUCGCGUGUAUCACAUCAAAUGCUUCACUUGCUUCGUGUGCCGCAAACAGCUGUCCACGGGCGAGGAGCUCUACGUGCUGACGGCAAACAAGUUCGUCUGUAAACAGGACUAUACAGCCAACAAACUCAUGGUUGGCGACUGUGGGGUCACCGAUGAGGAGGACGAAGAACUGGACCUGAAACCCCCACUGCUGGAGGCAAACAACAACAACCCAGACCACAGCAACAACAACAGCAACUCUGGUGUUGCUUCCCACCUCGACUCCCCACACUCCAGUAGUCUUCCCCCAUUACAUUCAUCACUACCAUCCCCAUCCCUAGCAGCGUCCCCAUCACUCCUACAUGGUGGGAUGCUGGUGGCUAGACCAGGCACCCCUUUAGGGGGGCAUAUCACCCCAGCGUCUAAAUCUUCUGUCCUCCACGACUCCUUAACUGCCGGGGACACUAAACCUAACAUCAGUCUAACUUCCUACGCGCUGAGCGUAAGCAACACCCCCACCAGCGAGAAGGAGCCGGGCGCAUACCACGACUCCGACGCCUCAGAGAACGAGGCGAGCUCUGAGUCUAAGGACGCUGCUGCUGCCGGAGCUAAAGUCCCGGAUGAUGAAAAGGGUGGCAACAAAAGGCGGGGGCCUCGCACUACAAUCAAGGCGAAACAGCUCGAGGUGCUCAAAGUUGCCUUCAACAACACACCUAAACCAACGCGACACAUCAGAGAACAGCUCGCCAAGGAGACUGGACUGCCAAUGAGGGUCAUCCAGGUUUGGUUCCAAAACAAGCGCAGCAAAGAGCGGCGCAUGAAACAACUCACGUCGAUGGGUAUGCGUGCGCAUUUGUUCGCCAACCCGCGCAAGCUGCGUGGCAUGAGGAUGUCGCCGGGCAUGGAGGACGCAUACCAAUAUUACGGAGACGCUUUUGGUUAUCCGCCACAAGCUUUCCAUGACUUCUUCCCUGGCCAGGGACCACCCCACAUGGGCUUCCCUCAUGGUUUACCCCCCGCCAUGGAACAGCCCUUGCCUCCCGGCGGCCCCCUGAGUGACUUUGGGGCGCUGGGGAGCAUAGGCCUCCCCCCUCCCCCACCAGACACUCCCCACUUCCUAGGCCAGCCCUCCGACCUCCUGUCGCAGCGGUCUUCCCCGGAGGGAGGAGUGGGGGGAAUGUUACUCCCCCACGGGGGUCAAUUCGACCCUCAGGUGACGGAGGGUCUGGUUUGGUGAUGCGAAGCUGCGCCAUUUCGUCUCUUCAGCUCGUGACGGUCUGCGCAGUGACGUCAUCACCAUAGCUGUACAUGCCACCAACCCACGUGAAAGUCUUCAAACGCUGCAACAAUUGAAAUAAAAAACGCCAACAGAGCUGAGUUUUGCGUUAACUUUUCCCAGUAUUGCUAUUGCUGCGAAUACUUGCGGGCUAAGUUCGACUACAAGAGCGAGCGGCCAAUUUUAAUAAUUCAAUGUCACAUUGAAAGUUGACGUGUGAGAAAAAUUGUGAAUAUGAGAUGUUAUAUUGUAAGUUGAGGAAGUGAGCUAAAUGGACUCUUUUAAUUCUUAUCCUGAGUGACUUUCUUCGCGUUACGCUAUUAUUAGCGUUCCUCGAAUACAUUUCUGAAAAAUCUUGCGUAAAGUGCAAGUUGAUGGAACGUUCAGGCUCGCAUUUCGAGUAGACCGGAUAUAAUAUUGGUAAAUAUUAAUUUAUUAUAAUAUUUUAUACUAUUUUCGUAUGAAUAUUAGGCAAUGCAUAGCCAGAAUCAAUCUACUUAAUAAGUUUCGUUCCAUGUUGUCACGUGUGCUGAAUAUUCCAUCGAGGGCUGACGCCCAGUAACGUGACGUAUACAAGAUAUCCUUGUCGCUUUGGAGCCUGUUUGUCGCAUCAGGUCUGUCGCCCUUCAUCGGCUAUCUCUCGCAGGAGAACUUCGGAUGAUGGUUUCCGAGCGUGGAGUACACUUUCUAAAUAAUUGAAAAAAUUAAUCACUAAAUAAUUGAAAAAAAAUAAUCACCAAACAAUUGAAAGUGGAAUCACAUAAUAAUUGAAAAAUAAUCCCCAUCAGCAAGUCACCAGGCGUCGGGCGCCAGCACUUGGUGGCACAUCAGCUUACGUUAUAAUAUACAGUGGGGGGAAAUAAAUAUUCGUACACUUGAAAAAUC